CCGAUCACCACUUCGGCAAUUUCCAACAUGGCGUCACUUCUGGGACGAGCGUCGCACAAAUUGGCGUCAAAUCUCAGAAACGUUCUUACAAAUCCUGCUUUGAGCAGAACACCAGUUGUAUCUUCGACAAGAGGUAAACAAUGGCAGCCGGAGGUGAAGGACAUCGAGCAGUAUUCUAAGGCUGUGAUGUACCCCGAUGAAAACACUGCCAAAUGGCCAUCGCCACCAUGGGACGAUCGAGAUCCUGUAGCAGAGAAAGAUGUUGCCAAUUUAGUGAUCAAUUUUGGUCCUCAGCAUCCUGCUGCUCAUGGUGUGCUUCGUCUUGUUCUGGAAUUGAGUGGAGAGAGCAUAGUCCGCUGUGACCCCCACAUCGGUCUCCUUCACCGUGGCACGGAGAAACUGAUUGAAUACAAGACUUAUAUGCAGGCCUUGCCUUACUUCGAUCGUCUCGACUACUGCUCCAUGAUGUGCAAUGAGCAAGCCUACUCCCUCGCCGUUGAGAAGAUGCUGAAUAUCACCGUCCCCGAGAGGGCUAAAUACAUCAGGAUCAUGAUGAGUGAGCUGACCAGAAUUGCCAAUCACAUCAUGGCCGUGGGAACUCAUGCCCUGGACAUUGGAGCCAUGACCCCUUUCUUCUGGCUUUUCGAGGAGAGAGAGAAGACCUUUGAGUUGUAUGAACGUGUAUGUGGAGCUCGUAUGCAUGCAGCGUACGUCAGGCCUGGCGGCGUCUCGCAGGACCUCCCUCUAGGCUAUCUAGAUGACAUGUACGAUUUCAUCAAGAACUUCUCGAUACGUAUUGAUGAGCUGGAGGAGAUGUUGACGAACAAUCGCAUCUGGAAAGACCGUACCGUUGACAUUGGUGUGGUAACGGCCGAGGAUGCCCUCAACUACGGAUUCAGCGGGGUUCUGCUGCGUGGAUCCGGUAUCAAGUGGGACUUGAGGAAGGUCCAGCCGUAUGACGGCUACGAGAAGAUGAACUUUGACAUCCCUAUAGGAUCCAAGGGAGACUGCUACGACAGGUAUCUUUGCCGAGUAGAGGAGAUGAGACAGAGUCUUAGGAUUGUCCACCAGUGUCUGAAUGAGAUGCCAGAAGGCGAGAUUAAGGUGGAUGAUAAUAAGAUUAGUCCACCAAGCAGAGCUGAGAUGAAGGACUCUAUGGAAUCCCUAAUCCAUCAUUUCAAGCAUUUCACUCAAGGUUUCCAAGUUCCUCCAGGAGCAACAUACACUGCCAUUGAAGCACCAAAGGGUGAGUUUGGUGUUUACAUGGUUUCCGACGGCUCCAGCAAGCCCUACCGGUGUAAGAUCCGCGCUCCCGGAUUCCUCCAUCUCGCCGGACUCGACAAAGUGUGCAAGGGUCACAUGUUGGCCGAUGUCGUAGCGAUCAUCGGUACACUGGAUGUUGUGUUUGGAGAGGUGGACAGAUAGACCUACCCGCAUAUCUUCAGACCGUCACAUACUCAUCAAUUCAAGUAAUCUUCGGGGAGGGUGGGGGGGGGGGGUUAGAUAUGAUUACAAAAUCCACAAGUUUUCCUGAAGAGAUUAUUUUAUCUAUAUCUACCGAAAAUACCCAUCUUCAACUGAUAGUACAAGUGGGUCUGUCCAAAAUCAUAUCACAGUUACAGCGAAAGCUGUAUUUAAAGACAGUUGUUUGUUUUUUCGGACCGGAUCCUUUAAUACAUGUACUUGAUUCAGUGAGGAAUUCUAUUCUUGGGAAAUGGUCUUUCCACAGGUGAUCCAUCUACAUGAAAAAAAAUGAAAAUCCAUGAUUUAUCGUUCGAAAUAGACAUAAAAUUAAAUACUCCAAAAAUUUGCUUU